CUGGUUAUUUAUUUCCCUGAAGGCAGCUGCUGGUUAGCUUGUGAGCUGGAACUUGCGUCCUGAAAUCAGAGCAGUCUGGCAGCUUGGAGCGGCUCCGCGCUCGGACUUUGUGCGGUUCGGAUCGGAACCAAACGGACCGGUACUCCCGCGUUAUUUCACACCUUGUUGACCCCGCAGCGGGACUUCAGGCGCCCGGGCUGACAAGUUUGUCAACAACAGGAGCUUCCGAGAAAGCAGCAUCAUGUGGUGGCGUUCCACAAGGCAGGACUUUUGGCUCCUUGGGAUUUAACUCCCCAUCUCCUCUGAUUUAAACUGGACCGUCUGCAAUCAGUUUGGAGGAUAUUUCCCGACAACGACAUGCUGAUCUGAGCGAGGCUCCACCUAGACUGUUCUCUGACUAAGCCGGGAUAAAUAAAUUCUUGCAGAUGAUGUAGUAGCUGUCGUUUCCUGAGAGCUCCUGUUGUUGCGAUGGCCGCUGCCACCUCUCCAGAGAAGCAUCAGCCGCUGCUGCAGCUCCAGGAGGUGGACUCCAGCCGAGUCGGCAGUCGCAUUUUGUCUCCUGGUUUGACCCACGAAGCCUGCCAGCCCAUCUGCAUCCCGGCGCCGUACACCGAUCUGGGCCACGACUUCACCCCCAUCUCUUUCUACAGUCCAACGAUUUUCAGCUACGCUGGUCAGAGCAUUUCAGAGUGUCAGUCUGUCCAUCCGUCACUGAGCGCCUCUUUGUUCUGGCCCAGGAGCGGCCAUGUUGGAGCGGCCCUGCCGCUGCAACGCUCCCCGGGCCGAGCCCAGCACGGCCAGGCCGUCCACAGCCCCUGGGAGAACGUCCUGACCAGCAGUAAGAGCACGAAGAAGCUGUCGCAGGAGAACGAGGACGCCGUGGUGUCUUCAGGCGGGAAGGGCGACCUUCACUACUGCGCCGUGUGUCACGACUACGCCUCGGGGUAUCACUACGGCGUGUGGUCAUGUGAGGGCUGCAAGGCCUUCUUCAAGAGGAGCAUCCAAGGUCAUAACGACUACAUCUGUCCAGCAACCAAUCAGUGCACUAUAGAUAAGAACCGACGCAAGAGCUGCCAAGCGUGCCGCCUUCGCAAAUGCUACGAAGUUGGCAUGACCAAAUGUGGGAUCCGUAAGGAGCGUGGGAACUGCAGGAGCACGCUGGUGAGGCGAGUGACCCGGUUGUCCGCCCAGGGGCGAGUGAGCAGACCCAGGGUGUUAAGCCGGCCGGUGGAGAGUUCGUUAAACGAGCCUGUAGAACCUGGACUGACGCCGGAGCAGCUGAUCGAGCGGAUCGUGGAGGCGGAGCCGCCAGACAUCUACCUCAUGAAGGACAUGAAGAGGCCGCUGACGGAAGCAGACGUGAUGAUGUCACUCACCAACCUGGCCGAUAAGGAGCUGGUUCACAUGAUCAGCUGGGCCAAGAAGAUUCCAGGCUUUGUGGAGCUCUGUCUGCUGGACCAGGUCCAUCUGCUGGAGUGCUGCUGGCUGGAGGUGCUGAUGAUGGGAUUGAUGUGGAGAUCCUUGGACCAUCCAGGGAAACUCAUCUUCUCCCCCGACCUCUGCCUGAGCCGGGAGGAGGGCAGCUGCGUCCAGGGCUUCGUGGAGAUCUUUGACAUGCUGAUCGCCGCCACGUCCAGAGUGAGAGAGCUCAAGCUGACGAGGGAGGAGUACGUCUGCCUCAAGGCCAUGAUCCUCCUCAAUUCCAACAUGUGCCUGAGCUCAAACGAAGGCAGCGAGGAGCUGCAGAGUCGCUCCAAGCUGCUGCGCCUGCUGGACUCGGUCACCGACGCUCUGGUGUGGGCCAUCGCCAAAAGCGGCCUGACCUUCCGCCAGCAGUACACGCGCCUCGCCCACCUCCUGAUGCUGCUCUCACACAUCCGCCAUGUCAGUAACAAAGGCAUGGACCACCUGCACUGCAUGAAGAUGAAGAACAUCGUGCCUUUGUACGACCUGCUGCUGGAGAUGCUGGACGCUCACAUCAUGCACAGCUCCCGCCUCCCUCGCCGGCCCGCUCAGCAGGAGUCCACGGAUCAGCCGGAGCCGGCGUCUGGCGGCGGCCCGUCCAACACCUGGACUCCCAGCAGCGCUGGAGUCGGGGUCGAAGCCCAGUGUUCAGAUUAAAGCUCGGAUCCCACGACCUCUCACUGGACCGACGCUUUUCGGGAGCAGUCUGCAAAGACCGAGAGCAGGAAUCUCUGACCACUGGUGAAUCUUCAACACACUGUGCACUGCUGCUGGUGAGUUCUCAGAGGACGGACCGGACCUGGAAACAAACCGUCAUUCUGACACGCAGCGUCAGCACUUUCAACUUCUGAACUCUUGCUUCUAACAUAUAGGGCAUCAUAUUAAUCAUCGUGGAUCGCUCAGCUUUCACCGUGACAUACAGUGGUACGUUAUUUUACUCCUGUAGUUGCUUUGUCACAACUUUUAAUAGCAAAAAGAACUUGAUUAGAUUCAAAUAGUAUUUUUGUCUAUGAUUUUAUUUACUGAGAGGAAAAAAGAGCUUUGCAAACCAACCUGGACCUAUGUGAAAAAGUACAUUUCUCAAAGUUUUUAUAUAACAAUUAUCCAAAGAUGAGUCAAAGAAUAAUCCACGAGUUCACAAAAAAAUUUAAAAUAGAUCUACAGUAGUGCAGGCCCCACUUAUCUUAAAGGUCAGAGUUCAUGAUUCAAAAAUUAGAACAAAAAAUGGGCAAAAAUAAAUUUAAAGGCCCCUCUUAUAAAAUUAGUUCCAAAUAUUAUACUUAAAGUAAAAAGCUUAAUUUUGGAGGGACCUAAAUCUGACAGAUUUGUGGCAAUUAAUCGUUAACUGGAGUAUCAAGACUAAAAAAAAGGCAAUUUGCUGAAAGAGCAACAUAUUCAAAUACAAAACGGUCUUAAAAGUUUUACAUUUUGCAUAAAAGAUUAAAUAAUUUCUUUAAACAUGUUCUAGUCAAAACUUAAGUGGAAAAUCUGCAGAAUGCAAUUUUUUUUUAUCUGAUUAUUCAUCAAAAUAAUUAAGAGUAAAAAAACAUGGAAGCUUAUUCACUCUUUGCAACUACGUCACUAAAUCACCGGAGGCGCCAUGAUGGACGUCGGAAGUGAGGAUCGGGAGUACUGGACAGAGCAACUGGAAAAUGUUCUGGUCAGUUUAUUCAUGGUUUCUACUUGUUAGAAUCGAGAUAAUUUGUCCGUGAACGUAACACACCUGGUUGGGCUCACAGACGGUGAUAUUUACAGAGCUAGUGGAACCUUCCUCGCCUGGUUGUCACCUUCUAGUACGACACAGAAUAAAUCCCUCUUCACAAUGUGGCUUCUAACUGCAUGCAAGGGGCCCCACAGCUGAAAAAUCAAAGAAGACACGGCUGGUGUCGUGACUGAGCGGCCAGCCAUGAACACCAAGUGACCCACUCACAGGCCCAACCACGAGAAAACUUUACUAAUUAUAUUCGUACAUGUUAGAUGUUCUUGCAGUAUUUUGUUAAUAGUUGAACUAGAAAAAUAUGACCCCAAGUUAAAAAAAAAAAAAAAAGUAUUGACGAGCUGCUUUGUGGGGGAAGCCGUGAGAAUGCCUGAAGGACCCGUUGCAUGCAGUUACUCAUCACACCACUAGGCGGCUCUAAACAAAUGCAUCGACUAAAAAUCUCAUUAUUAAUACAUACUAUUAUUAUUAUUAUUUUGGGUCAAAUUUACAUAUACAUAAAUUAGCUUAGAAACCGACCCAUACAUUGAUCAAAUGACCGACUCUGCCUGAAUUCACACCACAUGAUUCAUGUCACUGUGUCAUAAUCAGCGUUUCCCUUUAAACCGGAGCAGCACUAAAAACCAGCACUAAAAAAACCACUUUCUUCCAUACAUGCUAGGCUACAUGACGGUGCGGCACUGUCUCCAUGGUUACCAGCGGUUAGACGCCACAGUGUGAUAUUUGAUAUCUGUCAUCAUAAAUACUUAUAAAGUAAAUGAACAUUAAUCUUCUUGCCUUGUAAAAAGUGUUCGCUGCGAAUCAGUGAUUUCACUGACAGUGAUUAUGAUUGACGGCUGAGAUCUUUUCUUUAAAAGUUCUACAAUAAAAUGACAAGUUUGGUUUCUAUCCCUGUCUAUUUGUGCAGGCCCCCUAGGACCAUUUUUAAAGUGAAAUCAACUAAAUAGAAGCGAUAUUAGGUUAUAGAUGUCGGUUUUUAGACAGGCUCUAAAGGAGCGCGAUGGUCCAUCAUGGCGGAGUGGGCGGAGUUCUGGAGUCCGUGACGUCACGUACAGAGUCAACAGUUUCACAUAAAAUCAGGUUGGAUGUUUUAGUUACUCCUCUGAAUAAAUUAAAUCAUAUUUUUUCUAUUAUAUUACAUUUAAUUUAAUCUGGAAUAUAAAAGAUUGACAAAAAAAAUUAAAUAAACUUUUCACAGCACUGUACAACAAGGCUUGUAUUCUUGGAAGUAAUAACAUUUUCUGCAUAAAUCACAUAAAACCACUAGAUUUCUACAUCACUACUCACAGCUUUAUUGUUUUUUACUGCAGUGUAAUUUGUGAACAGAAAUGCCUUAAAAACCUGUUAGAAUUUUAACAGAAACCAGAAUUUUUCUGUUCUUCUUUUUUAUUGCUGUUAAUCCUUUAAAAAUUGAAGUAUUGUGAAUCAACGAGGCAUAAAACAGGAUCUGGCGGACAGAAAUGUGCACUUAUGACAAAAAAAACAAAACAAGAACGAUUCUUAAACCGAGAAGAAAAAGCUGCUAUUAGAGCUCCAACCAAUAAAGUACCACUUUGGUGAAAUCUUCUUUUAAAUAUUGGUUAAAAAAGUUAUUUUUGUCACUUUUUGAGGUAAUUUUAUAAUUGCCUCAAAUUAUAAAAGACAACCCACAACCAAGGACGUGGGUUGGACCAAGGACAACCCACGUCUCCUCAGGUCACUUCAGCUACAAAACAAAAAAAAUGUUAAAGGCUUUUCCCCUUUAGCCUGUUUUCCUGAACUGGAAACUUUUUUAGAACUAUCGUUUUAAGUCGAGUUUAUGCAAAUAGACAGUUUUUAAGUGUUUGAAGCCAAGCAGAUAUAAGAUUUUGAAAUAAAAGAUGGCGAUGUCAUCAUCGUGUAACUCAUGGCCUGCAAAAACUGACUGCAGAAUAAUCUGUUUGGUUACUUUAGGUGAUUUUUACAUGGCGGAGUUCUCUGUCCGUGUUUAUCAAAUUCAACAAAUUCGAUGAGAUGGAGAAAUUAAAAAACAAUUUAAAGCCGAGGUACAGUAUGUUGAGGAAGCCGUAACUGUGAAUCUACACUGCUUUAGAUCUAUAACAAACCAGAAUUUUAUGCAUUUUUUUAAUAUAUAACUUUAAGGUUUGGCAGUUUGGAUGAUUGUUGGGUUUUAGGAACUACAGUGUGUCAAACUACAGAUUCUCAAGUUCAGAAAAUGUGAUAAAUGCCAGGAAAUAUUAAAAAAUCACUUGUAAUGGAAGACAAUAUUUACACCUAAACACACAGUAUAAGGUCUUAAAAUAAACAAUGCUGAGCCUGGCAGCCCGCCAGGCUUAUAAUACACUAGGAGAAACCCUGGAAAUAUUAACAUAUUAUUAAAUAUGCAUUUACUUAAAUAGUCCCAAUCUAAUAAAGUUAAAACUUAAAACAGGAAGUUUGUCUUUUAUAAACAGCUACAAACUUUCAUCUUGUUUCACUUUCUCCAUUUUUAUGACUCAAUAAUUAAAUACUUAACUCUUCAAUGUAAAGAGGAAAAGUUUUGCUUCAUAAACUUAACACUUUGCUUUGAAUAUCAAAGUUUAACAUCAGAGCAGACGAUACUUUUUAUAAACAGUAAAAACUAUUUGGAACUUGGAUUUGUAGUUUAAGCAAAGUAAUGGGUGUAAUUUAACAGAGGAAGUUGAUGAACUCAUUUAAGAUGAAGCUGAUUUUGUGAUCCAUUUUUAACAGAAAAUACUUGCUGAAGUGUCCAAAGCAUAAAUAAAUAUCUGCCACUAACUGGUUCAACCGAUUUUUACAAAAAAUGCAAAUGAAAGUUAGGAUAUCGGUUCCAACAGAACCCCUGUUAUUUCUGAAAGUUUAUUUUUUUAACGUCCAUUUGUGCCUCGUUAAAAACGUUUUACGGUAACAAAGCACUUGCAUGUAUGGAUUAAAGGAAUACAACAAAAAGGAAUGAAUAAAACGCAUAAUUGUAGACAGAAAAUAAUAACUUUUGUAACUGAAAUUGAAGCUCAAUUGAAUAUUUUCUAGAUUUAUUUGGGGUUAUUCGUCUCCACUUUGCGUUUUAUUGUGAAUUUCAGCUGUUGGAUCAAAGUGUAUUCCUUUUUGUUUUGUUCUAAAGUUGGGCGAGAUGAAGGUGAUUUCUGUGAUAUUCUGCAGCUUUGACAAUCACUUUAAUAUUUACGGUUAUUUACCACAAACUGGUCUCUGGACUUCUGCCUAUUUCUCACCUUAAAACAAACCGUAUUAUGGUUGUGUAGGAAAAAAAACAGAAAACUGUCGAUCUUUGUUCAUUUCUGGUGAAAACAUUUAGUAAUAAAUGUUCAAACCUGUA